CCCAAUUGUAUACUGUUCAACUCAAUUGACUCAAUUGCUACCCUAUUAUAAUGUCUGCUAACGAUUUCUACUCUUCCGGUGAACAAGGUGAAUACAAGCCUCAACAACUGAAAAACCAGCAAGGUGGAGACGGCCAAACAGGUGACAGAGGUUUGAUUUCCACUGUCGUUGGUGGUGCUGCUGGAGGCUACGCUGGAGACAAGUUGGUUCCAAACCACCCUCACUUGGGUGCUCUUGCUGGUGUCAUUGGUGGUGCUAUUGGUGCCAACAAGCUUGAAGAUGCUUACGAGGACCACAAGCAAAACAAGGACGACGAAAACAAGCACGGUGGCAGCUCUGGUUUCGGAGGAAGAGGCGACGACAGACGCAGUGAAGGAGCUCACGGAGGCCAAGGUGGUUUCGGUGGUGAAAGACGUGGUGAAGGAGCUCACGGAGGCCAAGGUGGUUUCGGUGGUGAAAGACGUGGUGAAGGAGCUCACGGUGGCCAAGGUGGUUUCGGUGGAGAAAGCAGAAGAGAUGACUUUGGUGGUGAAAGACGUGGUGAAGGAAGACAUCAUGGUGAAGGUGAAGGUAGACACCACGGCGAAGGCAGAGGCGAAGGCAGAGGUGGCUACGGCGACAGAUACUAAGCUUUGACAGCAGUUGUCCCAAGAUACCCAUGCUUUGUUUAUUCCAUAGUUUAGUUAUCUAAAUGUAUGCUAUAUUAUGUGUGCUU